GAUUGUGAUACCUGUGAUGUAUUUGCUAAGUGUGCUCGAGAUGCGAGGGAGACGAUCUUUAGGAGCAGCAAGCAUGCCCAGGGCGAUGCCGAUGAUCACAUGCCAACAAUCCAGUACCCCGAUUUACAAUGUCGUAGUCACGAAGCUGUGCGCCAUCCGCUGGAAGCAAUACUUGAACUCUGCGCGAAUCGGAAUUCAAACAUCUUCAUUCGCGGAAAAUGCAGUAAGACAAGGCAAAAUCUGACCGACGCGCCGGUCAGAAAACUGAAAAUUUUGAAAAAUUUCACUUGGACCGAUUGA